AUGGCGACAACGGCGGCGGGAGCCCUUGGCCUGCUGUGGGGCUGGCUGUGGAGCGAGCGCUUCUGGUUGCCCCAGAACGUCAGCUGGGCUGACCUCGAGGGGCCGGGCGAUGGCUAUAGCUUCCCGCGAGCCCGGCACGUCCUCUCGGUAUUCCCGCUGGCGGCGGGCAUAUUCUCCGUGAGGCUGCUCUUCGAGCGGUUUAUUGCCAAACCCUGUGCUCUCCAUGUUGGCAUUCAGGACAUUGGUCCUUAUCCUGCUCGAUAUAAUGCCAUUCUUGAAAAGGUGUUCAUAUCUGUUACCAAGUAUCCUGAUGACAAAAGGCUGGAGGGCCUGUCAAAGCAACUGGAUUGGGAUAUCCGAAAAAUCCAAUGCUGGUUUCGACAUCGGAGGAAUCAGGACAAGCCCCCAACGCUCACUAAAUUCUGUGAAAGCAUGUGGAGAUUCACUUUUUAUUUAUGUAUAUUCUGCUAUGGAAUUAAAUUUCUCUGGUCGUCACCUUGGUUCUGGGAUAUCCGACAGUGCUGGCAUAGCUAUCCAUAUCAGCCUCUCACAAGUGGACUUUAUUACUAUUAUAUCAUGGAAUUGGCCUUCUAUUGGUCUCUUAUGUUUUCUCAGUUUACAGACAUUAGAAGAAAGGACUUCUUGAUCAUGUUUGUGCAUCACUUGGCCACCAUUGGGCUCAUCACUUUCUCCUACAUCAACAACAUGGUUCGAGUGGGAACUCUUGUCAUGUGUCUACAUGAUGCCUCAGACUUCUUACUAGAGGCUGCCAAGCUGGCCAAUUAUGCCAAGUAUCAGAGGCUCUGUGACACACUUUUUGUGAUCUUCAGUGCUGUGUUUGUAGUCACUCGUCUAGGAAUCUAUCCAUUCUGGAUUCUGAAUACGACCCUCUUUGAGAGUUGGGAGAUAAUUGGGCCCUAUCCUUCCUGGUGGCUCUUCAAUGGCCUUCUCCUGAUCCUACAGCUUCUGCAUAUCAUCUGGUCCUACCUAAUUGCACGAAUUGCUUUCAAAGCCUUGAUCCGAGGAAAGGUUUCUAAGGAUGAUCGCAGUGAUGUGGAGAGCAGUUCAGAAGAAGAUGAUGAUGUGACCACCAACACAAAAGGCCCCUGUGGUAGCAGCUCCAGCAAUGGUGCCAGUCGGGUAAACGGUCACAUGGGAGGCAACUACUGGGCUGAAGAGUAA